GUUUGAUUCCAAAGUUUCUUUGGAGAGCUGAAAAUGAAAGAGAUGGAAAACAGAAAUGGGGCAAUGGGAGCUUCCAAGGGAAAGGCCAGCCCUGGUAGAGCUACAAUUCUGGCUCUUGGAAAGGCCUUCCCUCCCCAGCUUGUCCUCCAAGACUACCUGGUUGAUGGGUAUUUCAAGGACACAAGCUGUGAUGAUUUAGACCUCAAGCACAAGCUCACUCGACUCUGCAAGACAACAACAGUCAAAACCAGAUACGUGGUGAUGUCAGAAGAGAUCCUGAAGAAGUACCCAGAUCUAGCAAUGGAAGGUCGAGCAACCAUAAAGCAGAGACUGGAGAUCUGCAACAAAGCUGUGACAGACAUGGCCAUUGAAGCCUCACAGGCUGCCAUUAAGAACUGGGGAAGGUCUGUUUCAGACAUUACCCACUUAGUCUAUGUCUCAUCCAGUGAAGCUCGCCUACCCGGUGGAGAUCUCUUCCUAGCAAGGGGCCUUGGGCUCGCCCCUCACACCCAACGCCUCAUGCUUUACUUCAUGGGUUGCUCAGGAGGCGUGGCAGGCCUUCGAGUCGCCAAGGAUUUGGCUGAAAACAACCCUGGAAGCCGAGUUCUACUUGUCACCUCCGAAACAACCAUCAUCGGCUACAAGCCACCGAGCGCCAAUCGUCCAUACGAUCUGGUAGGUGUGGCGCUAUUCGGGGACGGGGCUGGAGCAAUGAUAAUAGGCGCUGACCCUGUUCUGGGCAGUGAACGGCCACUCUUUGAACUCCACAGGGCAACCCAGAAAUUCAUUCCCAACACACAGAACAUAAUCGAUGGGCGACUAUCAGAGGAGGGUAUUAGCUUCACAAUAGCAAGAGAACUUCCCCAGAUCAUCGAAGAUAACAUCGAGAGUUUCUGUGAGGCAUUUCUUCAAACAGUUGGGCUGCACGAGAAAGAAUACAACAAAAUGUUCUGGGCAGUGCAUCCAGGCGGGCCAGCGAUACUGAAUAGGUUGGAGAAGAGACUCGAACUGUUACCCGAGAAGCUGACGGCGAGCCGGCGAGCUCUGAUGGACUAUGGAAAUGCGAGUAGCAACACGAUCGUGUACGUGCUGGAAUACAUGGUGGAAGAGAGCUUGAAGACGAAGAUGGGUGGGCGGGAAAAUGAGGAAUGGGGACUGAUUCUGGCAUUUGGACCUGGGAUUUCGUUUGAAGGGAUUUUGGCGAGGAAUCUGGCCGUCUGAGAGCAUAUUUUCUCGUCUCGAUUAUCAGUCUGAAACUUCGAUUUCUGUUUAUGUUUGCUGCUUACAAGAAAGCUUAAUGGAGGGAUUGUUUUGCGUUAUAUGUUGCAGUGAUUUUGUUCUUGCAAUCCCAGAAAGAAAUGGGUAAUGGGAUUUGUUUGUUUCUUCGA